CCAACACCUGCGGACUUUAUUCUCCGCGACCCCAGAAAAGCCCUGCGAGGAUCUCCGGACUUUGUUGCCUGCCACUUUUUCCCACAAAAGUGCAGGCUCUAAUCCGUCGCCGGCGAUCAUGGCUUUCCGGCGUCCUUUGAUGCUGUCAACGACAGCAUCAACGCCUUUCCUGUCCGUUGCGAGCCGUACCUCACGCCUGGGGGCAGCCUCCCGAUUCAGCACCACCACUCGGGUUUCUUCCUCCUCCAGCUCGACCUCAGCCCUCGCCUACAAGGCCCUUCAUCGCCGGUCUCCCCUCCCUCUCCCCGUCAACGAUGCCUCGCCUCAAUGGGACGCCCCCACGGCCGUUUCGUCCAUUCUCUACGAAACCCCUUCCGUCCCCACCAACCCUCCCAAGCGCCAUAUCCUGAACUGUCUGGUGCAGAACGAGCCCGGUGUCCUGUCCCGUGUGUCCGGUAUUCUGGCCGCUCGCGGCUUCAACAUCGACUCCCUCGUCGUCUGUAACACCGAAGUCGAGGAUCUGUCUCGUAUGACCAUCGUCUUGCAGGGUCAGGACGGCGUCGUCGAGCAGGCUCGUCGUCAACUCGAUGAUCUCGUCCCCGUCUGGGCUGUCCUCGAUUACACCGAGUCCGCUCUGGUGCAGCGCGAGCUCCUCCUCGCCAAGGUCAGCAUCUUGGGUCCCGAGUUCUUCGAGGAAUUGCUGCAGCACCACCGCGAAAUCAUCACCCCCGGUGAGCAGACGGAGGGUCAGAAGGAUAAGGCUGCGCAGGUUGCCAAGACCGAGUUCCACCCUCGUAAUCUGCCCCAAUCUCAGGCUUUGAGACACAAGCAUGAGCAUUUGGAUGCGAUUACUCGUCUCACUCAUCAGUUCGGUGGAAAGGUGCUGGAUAUCAGUACCAACAACUGCAUUGUUGAGGUCUCCGCCAAACCCUCCCGUAUCGACUCCUUCAUGAAGCUCAUCGGCCCCUUCGGUGUCCUCGAAUCCACCCGUACCGGUCUGAUGGCUCUGCCCCGGUCUCCUCUCUUUGAGCCUAGCGAGGAGAUCGAGAAGGACGCCGCUGACGUUGUUGACGCCAGCACCCUUCCCCCCGGUUAAAUGUAAUCGUCUGUGCGCUUUUACUUAUCUAUCUAUUAUUAUUAUCUAUAUCCCGCAAUGUAAAAAGCACAACCACAAUGUACUUCAUCCGUUUCCUUUUGCAGGACCUGAGUUCCACCUAAUAAUAUGUUGUAAAUUCUCGCAUUCAAUGAUUGACUCAAUUCAUUUGGAUCUCGCAGUACUAUGACUACUACUACUACUACUACUACUACUACUACUACUACUACUACUGAU